AUGUCCGACGUCCCUCGCCUCAUUCACGAAUCGAGAACCCACUCUUCGUCCAAGCCAGACCGGGAUUUUUCUUCUUCCUGUCCGUUCUGCGCCAUCGGAAGCACCUACGAUGCAACGUCUCCCUUCUCCUCAUCAGAGUCGAUGGCAAAGGCACUCGACCCAGAGCAGCUCGACCCGCCGUCGUUUGUGCUCUACUCAAGCGAGCACGUCAUUGCUUUCUUAGAUAUUAUGCCCUUGACGAGAGGACAUGUGUUGGUUGCACCUCGGAAGCAUCGUGUCAAAGUCGGGGAUUUGAGUCCCAGUGAAGGCGCAGAGAUCGGCAGAGUCCUGCCUCUUCUCGCACGGUCUGUCAUCAAGGCUGUCCUUCCAGAUAUACCGCACGAGGAUGCCGACUAUAACGUGGUGCAAAACAACGGUGAGCCAUUGCCAGCAUUUCACCAUUUCACCAUUCUCCCCCCUUAUCUUACCUUCCCUGAUCCCCAGACUGAGCAUUUCCAUCUACCCCAUCUAGGCCCCGGCGCCGCUCAAGUAGUCCCGCAUGUGCACUUUCACAUUGUUCCCCGCCCCCCUCUGAACUACACCUAUCCCAACCUUAGCGCCACCACAUCAUCUUUGAAGAAGAAAUAUCCACCCAAUCCGCAGCCUUCAGGCCGUCAAGCAACGGCCAUUCUGUUUGGAAGAGGAAUGCGCGAGGAUCUCGACUACGACGAUGCCGCGGUGUUGGUGGAGAGUAUGAGGGCGGCAAUCAGAGAGGAGUUGGCGAGAAGCUUUGGGAAGGGGGAGGGAUCGGUCAGUGCAGAGACUGUGGAGCAGAUGAGAAGUUUGGAUGUUGGGGCCGGCUCUGAAGGAGGCGGAAAUGGAAGCCGAAACGGCAGGCGUUUACCUUGGAAGGUCUGA